UCUGUGUGGUGUGAGUUUAGCGCGUAGUUUGCACACGCCAGUCGAUAUAGACAGAGAUGUAUCAGCCGUUGGAGAAAAUUCUAUUGGUGCUUGGCCUGGCCCUGGUUGGCUGUGAAGGCUUCGGCCAGUUCCAUAUGAAGCAUUAUCAAUUGCAGCGUAACUAUAACAACCAUCAGGAGGAUUCCAGUGAGAAUGACAAUAGUGUGUUGCGCACCUAUCGACGCUGCAUGUGGGAGCAAUCGAAGUUUCUGCCACGACGUUUGGUCCUGCUAAGCUUGUGCUCGAAUCUAUUUUGCGAGAAUAAUCAUAUAAUACCACGUUCCAGGUCUAUUUUCGUAGUGGAAAAAUUGUCUAGACCGAAUGACUGCCUGGACAUAUUGCCAGAGCAAUGCGAACAGGGCGAUGAGGAUGAGCUGAUGUAUAAACCCUUUCCCGACUGCUGUCCGGUCUAUUGCAAUUUAAAGAGGCGCAUGCAACGUUUGCGCACAAUGCAUUUUCGUCAUCGGAUGCUACGGAAUAUGCAAGAGGGAGGCGGCGGCGGCGGCGGUGGCUCUUCUGGUGGUGACAGUCCUAGCAGCACAUUGCUCAGCGAAUUUGGCUACAAUAACUACUAAGCCGAAUGUCAUAGAAUAAGUCCACUAAUCAUGAGAUUUGUGAAAUUGCGAGGGCUAGCCAAAGAGUUUUAAGCAAAGCCAACUAAGAGCAUAUAUAUAUAGUUGUUUUUUUUCUUUUUUUUCUAUUACCUAAGAAUAAGUAUAACAGUUAAAAAAGAGUAAAUGAAGAUUUACUUUAACUUUGAGAAAAAAAAAACAAGAAGAAGUUUUAACUAA